GAAAUUUUAGGGUGGCAGAAUUCAUGUAGGUGGCGCUGGUGACAGGAGGCGGUGAAAGCACGUGACUUUCUAUGCGCCACCCUCUCUCGAGCUCAAGCAGUGAUCAUUGGCGGGCCGUCCAGUGUCAACACGCGGCUUCUCCAAACUAAAGCCACAGUUUAUCGCACGACCGAUCGCAGGCUGAUUCUAGAAUAAGCACUGGAGGCUGUCUGCAAGCUCUCGACUUCUAUGAUCCCAUUGCCGCCUCUUUCUAGGAUUCCUUGUCCUAACUGGGUCUUCUGUUGAGCGAGAGCGCUCCGUCUUAUAGCUCCAAUUCACGAUGAGAGCCUGGCUUCGCGGCCUGGGGUUGUCUGCCUUACUGGCAGGGCAAGCCCUUGCUAAUGAAGCGGAAUUGACGCAAGAUAUCUCGCAUCGUUUGCAAUGCUCCGGCAUGUAUAGCCGCAAGGCUUGGGGUGGAAACGUCGACCCCUUCAUCCUGACCAAGUUCGCCAAAGUUACACCACCCGACGAUGCCAACCCCCUAGUCAGUCUAGUGAUAUUCGAAUGGUCCGACGAGAAUCUGAUAGGGAGACAAGUUUCCGACGAUCCCGAUAAAUACCAAUCGAUUUGCGAUCAAGCCAGUGUCGAAGCUGACCUCUGCACGAAAGACCAGCUCGGCUCUUUCCUUCUUGCGCCGAACGCAACUGAUGCCUCCAAGUUUCAAAUCAUUUCGAAAGCAGUAAACCUCAGAAGCCCUGACGCGAUCAACUAUCCCGUGAAAAAGACAGGUUACUACUGUGUCAGCACAUAUGCCUACUCCGGUCAGGAUUAUAAAGCUGUGGUGGAAUUCCGGAAUGCAUAUGGAGAGCUUCCAGCCGCUCAAAUCCCGAAGUUGCCUUUCUAUGGAGGCUUGACUAUUGUCUAUGCAGUGAUUGGACUGUACUGGGCAUUUCUCUACGUCCAGAACCGUCACGACAUUUUACCUGUCCAGAACUACAUUACUGCAAUUCUAGUGUUCUUGAUUGUGGAACAAUUGAUGACCUGGGGUUUCUAUGACUAUCAAAACCGACACGGAUUGAAUGUCGGCGCAAAGGUGCUGAUGGUAAUUGUAGCUGUCCUCAACGCAGCUCGUACCUCGUUCUCCUUCUUCCUUCUUCUGAUCGUCUGCAUGGGUUAUGGCGUUGUUAAGCCGUCCCUUGGUCGGACUAUGGUAUAUGUUCGGAUCCUUGCCAUCGCCCACUUCGUUUUUGCCGUGAUAUAUGCCGUAGCCAGCUUGUCUAUUACCCCUGAAGCUGCAGGCAUACUCAUUUUGUUCAUUGAACUGCCUCUUGCUGCUACGUUGACUGCAUUCUAUGUGUGGACUCUGAGCUCACUGAACGCCACGAUGAAAGACCUCGUCGACAGGAAGCAAAAGACCAAGGCUAUGAUGUACAAGAAGCUUUGGUGGUGCUUGCUAGGCAGCAUCAUCAUUCUCUUCGGCUUUAUCUUCAUCAAUGCGCUUGCCUUCGCUAGCCGCACGGAAGCCGACUUCCUCCCUGAGCAUUGGAAGACCCGAUGGUUUGUCCUGGAUGGAUGGCUCAGUAUUGUGUAUCUCAUGGAUUUGGCAUUCAUUGCCUACCUAUGGCGCCCAACCGCCAACAACAGGCGAUUCGCUAUGAGUGAUGAACUUGCCCAAGAUGAUGAUGGAUUCGAGAUUCGUUCUUUUGGAGGAGCUCUCGAUGAAGAGGAUGCCCUUGGUGACUUGGACGAACACUCUCCGCACGAGCCACGUCGUGACUUAUCUCCGGUACCACCUAAGCCUGUCCCAUCUGCGGCACGUACUCGUGAGUCACUAGAUGGUGAAACCAUCUUCGCCGUUGGCGAAGACGGCGACAGGUGGUCCGACGAAGAUGACUCUCCACGCAACUCAAGCGAACGGAAGGCGCUCACAAAGGAUACGGAUUAGAUCACUGGUCUUUCCUUCUUGGAGGGGUGAUUUCGACGAACCGUGACGACCAGUCGCAUGGGCUUUUGUAUUGAUAUUAGGGCUCUGAUGGCUGAUGUACAUCAAGCCAUUCUGCCGAGACAGAUCACGCAAUGGCUUCUUGGAUCUUGGCUGUAUUCGACUAUUGCAGGCAUAUGGCGGCGUUAUCGAUUGGGUUUUUUCCCCCCCCCUGCAGCUUUUAUCUCACAUGUCUCUUUACCCGCUAUUUAAUAUCUUCUGUGAUUUGAUGAGGGAUGAACUAUUCUAUAUCCGCAAUUAUACCUUGUACAAGUCCCGGUAUCUGGGGUUGAGGUUUCCUAGCAUACAAAGCCUCCAGAACAUCAGUAUCUCCUCUAGUUCGAAUCAAAUCAUUAGUAUAGGCAGUAACUCAAUGACUCAACGCAGUUCGAAGGUUGAAGAUUCAUGUAGAAAAACAGACUCAUUUGAGUCAAGUGAGCCUGCAUUUGACACAUAAGUCACCCCACUGCACCCCACCAUGCGAAGUCUUAAAACAGGCAAUCCCAAAUCUCCC